CAUACCAAAUUCUGUUGUGAAUCUAUCCACCAGCCUUACACGUCUGCUAAUGUCUGACAACAUCCUAUCAGGAAUAGUUCCCCCAAGCAUUGGAAAGCUUAGUGCCUUGAUUCAACUAUCACUAGAUCAGAACAAUCUUACCGGUACAGUUGAAGAAUGGGUCGGAAAUAUGACAAAACUAGAACGUUUAAAUCUCCAAUCAAACAGCUUCGUCGGGACAAUUCCACCUUCCAUUGGUCAUCUUACACAGUUGACACAUUUAUUUCUUGCUGAAAAUCAAUUCACUGGGUUUAUACCAAAUAGCCUGGGAAACCUUAAACAAAUGUUGACACUGGACCUAAGCUAUAACAAUUUCCAAGGGAGCAUACCUGUUGAGUUUGGUAACUUGCAGACAACUUACCACAUUAGAUCUUUCGUCCAACAGACUUAGUGGUGAAAUUCCUGAUACUAUGGGUCAAUUUCAACAGAUAUAUGCCAUCCGAAUGGACCAAAAUGUUCUUAAAGGAAACAUUCCGAUUACCUUCAGCAAUCUAAAGAGCUUGACCAAACUGAAUCUUUCCCAUAACAAUUUGUCAGGUCCUGUCCCAGCUUGUCUAAAAGAUCUAGAGUCUCUCACUAAACUGGAUCUAUCUUUCAAUAAUUUUCAGGGAGAAAUACCAAGAGAUGGUGCAUUCAAUAAUGCCACAAUUGUUUCACUCAGUGGCAACCCAGGACUGUGCGGAGGAUCCAUGGAUUUGCAUGAACCUUCAUGCCAUGUUGUUUAUAGAAGAGAAUAAAUUAUCUUAUUGAAAUACUGGUCCCUAUAUUUGGAUUCAUGUCACUUAUAAUGCUGAUUUACAUUACAAUCCACAGGAAGAAGCAUGCACCAAGAAGGCCAGACUUAUUGUUGCUUUCUUUUGGCAAGAAAUUUCCUAGAGUUACUUACAAGGAUCUAGCUCAUGCUACAGGGAACUUCUCAGAGUCCAACCUAAUUGGAAGAGGAGGCUGCGGUUCAGUAUACAGAGGGAAGUUAACUCAAGCUAAAAUCAAGGUUGCUAUUAAGGUUUUUAACCUUGAGAUAAAAUUUGCAGACAAAAGUUUUAUUUCAGAAUGUGAGGCUUUAAGAACCAUUCGGCAUCGUAAUCUUCUUCCUACACUAACUGCAUGUUCAACGAUAGACAAUAGUGGUAAUGAUUUCAAAGCCCUAAUUUAUGAGUUCAUGCCCAAUGGGAAUUUGGAUACAUGGUUGCACAAUAAACGUGGUGGUGUAGCUCUAAAACUUUUGGGGUUACCUCAGAGAAUAAGCAUAGCAAAUGACAUAGCUGAUGCAUUGGCCUAUUUGCACCAUGACUGUGCAAGACCUAUUGUCCACUGUGAUCUGAAACCAACUAAUAUCCUUCUUGAUGAUGACAUGAAUGCAAAUUUGGGAGACUUUGGCAUUGCAAGUCCCAUUGAUUCCAGGUCCAAAGCAGUUGGACAUUCAGCUUGUAGUAGUUCCCUUGCUGUGAUGGGAACUAUAGGGUAUAUUGCUCCAGAGUAUGCUCAAAUUGUUCAUUCAUCAACCUGUGGGGAUGUUUAUAGUUUCGGAGUAGUACUUCUGGAGAUGAUCAUAGGCAAAAGACCAACUGAUUCUAUGUUUGAUGGUGGGCUCAGCAUUAACAGCUUUGUGGAGAGGAAUUUUCCAGAUCAAGUGUUUCAUAUCAUUGACAUUCAUCUCCAAGAAGAAUGCAAGGGCUUCAUUAAAGCAACAUCAGUAACAGAAAACAAGGUCUAUCAAUGCGUGCUGUCUCUCGUGCAAGUUGCUCUUGCUUGCACGCAUCCAUUCCCAAGGGAUAGAAUGAACAUGAGAGAAGUAUCCAUUAACUUGCAUGCAAUCAGAAAGUCAUAUGUUGCAGCGACAAAGUGAAAGGAAGCCAUGGUUCACUAGAUCUUGUGUAAUUACUAAUUAGCUUGUGGAAUGUGGAGUUGUGUUGUCUUUGAAUGCAAUUGGCAUAAAAAUGGCAAAUCGGGCAUGAGUAGAAUGCUGAAAUUGAUGAACUACCAUGCUAAAAAGCCAUACGUGGUGAAAAGACAAGAGUAUGUUAUGUACUAGUACUACCAGAUCAUACUAAAAUUUGUGUUUUGAACAUUUAGAAAUUGAGAAAGAACAAAAGAUUCCAUAAAGUA